AUGUUGAGUCCUUUGAUAUAUGAAAAGGAAGAAAGCAAUAAUAUUCCAAAGCAAAAAAAGCAUCUAACACUUGCAAUUUCAGAAGCACAAUGCAUUGGAAAUAUUGCAUUUCCAAUGAUAUUUACAGGGCUAAUUCUUUAUUCACGUUCAAUUAUUUCCAUGAUUUUUCUUGGUCAUUUAGGGGAACUUUCUUUAGCUGGUGGUUCACUUGCAAUUGGAUUUGCAAAUAUAACCGGUUAUUCAAUUCUUUCAGGUUUAGCCAUGGGAAUGGAACCAAUUUGUGGACAAGCUUUUGGUGCUAAAAGAUUCAACAUUUUAGGCCUUACAUUACAAAGAACUAUUCUUUUGCUACUUUUAACCUCAAUUCCUAUUUCAAUUUUGUGGCUAUUUAUGCAAAAACUCUUGAUUCUUUGUGGCCAAGAUCAUGAAAUUGCAAAUAUGGCACAAAAUUACAUUCUUUUUUCACUCCCUGAUCUUUUUGCUCAAUCACUUUUACACCCCCUAAGAAUUUAUCUUCGUUCACAAUCCAUCACAUUGCCUUUAACUUUUUGUGCUAUUUUUGCAAUUAUUCUUCAUAUCCCAAUUAAUUAUUUCUUAAUCAAAAUUCUUAAUCUUGGGAUUAAAGGUGUUGCCUUAAGUGGGGUUUGGACAAAUUUCAAUCUUGUUGGAUCAUUAAUUAUUUAUAUUAUAUUUUCUAAGGUUUACAAGAAAACUUGGAGUGGAAUUUCUUUAGAGUGUUUUAAGGGAUGGAAAUCACUUCUUAAUUUAGCAAUUCCAAGUUGUAUUAGUGUUUGUUUAGAGUGGUGGUGGUAUGAAAUUAUGAUUUUAUUAUGUGGGAUUUUAAUUAAUCCUCAAUCAACAGUUGCAUCAAUGGGAAUUUUAAUCCAAACAACAUCUUUAAUCUACAUUUUCCCAUCAUCAUUAAGCUUUGGUGUAUCAACAAGAGUUGGAAAUGAAUUAGGUGCUAAUCGUCCAAAUCGCGCUAAAUUAGCAGCUAUUAUUGGACUAUGUACAAGUUUCGUGUUGGGAAUCUCAUCCUUAUUUUUUGCUAUUCUGGUACGUAAUAUUUGGGCAAAAAUGUUCACUCAGGAUCAAGAAAUUAUGAAAUUAACCGCGAUGGUGUUACCUAUUAUAGGGCUUUGUGAACUUGGGAAUUGUCCACAAACAACAGGUUGUGGUGUGUUAAGAGGAACAGCUAGGCCUAAAUUAGGUGCUAAUGUUAAUUUAGGAUGUUUUUAUCUAGUUGGAAUGCCAAUUGCAAUUUGGUUAAGUUUUUUUAUGGGAUUUGAUUUUAAAGGAUUAUGGCUUGGAUUAUUAGCUGCACAAGGUUCAUGUGCUGUGACUAUGAUGUUAAUUAUAUUGGUUAAGACUAAUUGGGAAGAUCAAGCAAGAAGAGCAAAAGAACUUAUUAAUGGUGAUUGUGAUAAUCAAGAUGAAAAGAUAGAGGAUUAUUUGGAAUCAUUGGAUUAUCACAAGUUGGAAAAUUCAAAUGUUUGAUUUUAUUAUUAUUUUUUCAUUCAAUUC